AUGGCAAUUCUCAGCUCAACAAUUGCAAUAUGCCACAAAAGGGAAACUGCUAAAUUUUACUGCGUUUUUGGGGAGAAGAUCUUUGUUUACGAUAAAAGACAACUGAACGAUGUGUGUGACACAUAUGCGUAUCACGAGGAAGAGAUUAACCAAGUAGCUGUAGAUGAAAAAGGGCAGUACAUGGUAUCUUGUGACGAUGACGGUACAGUGAUAUGUUUAGACCUCACAAAGUCAGAAGGAAAGAGUGUCAGUAAACACACUUUACACGACAAUAUAUGUGCUUCUGUGCAAUGGGUACCAGGCAGGAGCUCGGAGAUAGUGUCAGGUGGUAUGGACUGUAAAAUACACCACAGAGACGUGUACAAGAGCCGUCCCCUGAAGACCCUGACAGAGAAGACGGAACAGCAGGGGAUACACAUUAUAAACCCACCUUUUGUCAACUGUGUUUCUACUUAUUGGGGCUCCAGGUAUAUGGUAGCGGGGUACGGUAGCGGAACUGUUAAAGUCUGGCGACUAGGAUCCAAGAAAGUCGGCUACGUUCCUUUUAAAUCUUUACCACGUCACAACGCCGGAGCAGGUUGUGUGUGUCUGGUAGACGGUACGACUGUUGUAUCUGGUGGUAACGAUGGUUUUAUUCACAUAUCUGAACUUGAGAGAGGUCACACUAACGGACAUUGUAACGGACAUUCUGACAUAGCGAGUGACGAUGACGCUGAUAUAGACGACACGUGCACCUUCAAACUCCUUCACGGCCACAAGAUUAACUGGUUAUCCGGCUUCAGGGACACUUCGUGUAUCAUCCUGUACGCAUGUGAUGAAAGUAACGUGGUUACUAAGUACUCUAUCAGGUGACCUGGUCACGUGGGAUGAAAGUAACUAGGGAGUUUAGUAACCAAGUCGUUUGGUGACGAGCUUUCGUAGUUACUUACAUGAAAUUUGUGUAACACGCGUGUCAAGCCGCGUGGUAAUUUUUAAAUUUGGUUACUCGGUGACUUACAUAUGUUACUAGGUUAAAAAUGCCUUGGUUACUAAGUGCCUUGGUUACUAAUUAACAUGGUUACUAAUUAACAUGGUUACUAAGAGGUAUUGUUACUAAGCAAUAUUUUAUGCAGCAGAGUGACCAUAAUCAGUAGCUUAACAAAUCACGUGUUAACAAUGUUAAACACUGUUAAACACUGUUAAACGUGCUGUUAAACAAUG